AUGGAACCUGAAAUCACGUGGCGGUUAUCUAAAGGUGAGCGAGGAGAGUUCAAAAGUUAUUUGGACACACAGGAUGUGCGACGACGACUGGGUCAACCUCGCAGUGGCCGACGAUUCUCUCGUCGUCAACCUUCUCCUCCGCCUCCACCACACUUCUCCUCCGCCACCGCUCUCUCUUCACCUCCACUGGACAGUUCGUCAGCGCCGCUCAAGAUCCGUGCGCAGACACGCCGCCGCCGCUCACAAAAAACCCGAGUCCACAAGAGCCAGCCCCACCACGCCGCUCUCCUGGAGCGGAGCCACGUCAGCAAGUGGCGGCAACCUCGAUGGCUACGAGGAUUUUUCUUCGAAUCUGGAAUGGACGAAAUGGCAUUCACGAGGCGCCUGUGGCACUUGUCUCCAUUUCGCUAUUGUUUGGCCUCCGUCGGAUUUACAAUUCUACCCUUGCCGGAGCCGCUGUGUGGUGUCGUCGUUUCUGUUUAUUUUCUUUCUUCCUUCCUAGAAGUUCGAGUUGAAGGGGGCUGUAAAUCUAAAAUAAGAGUAGUUAACACUUUGAUUCAUCGCAUGGAGUCAGUCAGAGGCGCUCGCUUGAAUGACUCUUCUUCUUCUUCUUCUUAUUCUUCACACAUUUUUUCCUCCCUGCACUUGACGAAAAGGCCCUUCCUUCAAAGGGCAAUUUUGUCUCUCGUUGCUAAUCCUAGUGAAACAGUUACUACCAGAAAGUCAAGAAGAAAAAAGACCUUAUCUGAACUAAAAGAGGAGGAGGAUUUGUUGUUGAAGGAAAGAAGAAGUUUGAAAAAAGAACUGGCGUCCUUGCGAGUCACUGUUGAGAAACAUAAAACCACAAAUGAAAGCUUAAAGAGAAUGAAGCUUGAUUUUGUUUCACGGCAAAACUCUAGUGGUGCUGCUGCGGCCUCUGAGGUGUGUGGGAAAGCUGUCAAUGACCCAUCUCAGUUUGCAACGUCAGAGUGUCAUCCAUCUGAUUCCGUCUCCCGAAACACUGUCAUACAUGACGUUUCACCUGUUUGUGCAGCAAAUGCUUCUCCCAAAGCACAAGGGAAUGGUAACCAAGAAUCUACUUUCGUGCUCCCUGAUCUAAAUUUGCCUGUUGAUGAGGAUUUCAGCGCCAAUGCCAUACAUUGA